AUGGAACCCCCAAACCGCACAAACAUAAAUGUAUCUGGCACCACAAACCUCACCUCCGCGCCGAUAACGCCCUACCACCCCCCCGUCCUCAACCUCGAACUCGUCGAAAGCCGCAUCAACCUCCCCACGCGCAAGCCCCGCGUUGCCCCCCGCCGCCUCACCACCCCCAUCCGCCCACCCCCACAGUACACCCUCCACGCCCACCAGCCCCACCCCUACGGCGACUUCACCACCAUCCCGCUCAACACCGGCACCACCACCGGCGCCACCCCCGCCCCCGCCCCCGCCGCGCCAUGCACCCGCCGCCGCGACACAAUCCUCAUCGCCGUGAUGCUGCUCUUUGCGGCGCUCGCGUUUGCGGGCGCGCUGGCGGUGUGCGUGCUGCUGUCGCUGUCGAAUUAUUCGGCUAUGCGCGGGCCCGUGCCGGUGCUGAUAUUUGCGAUGGCGGCGUUCUUGGUGGUUGCGGGAGGGCUGGUGGCGAGGGUGGUGUGCUUGUGGAUGAGGAUGAGGAGGAGCAGGUGUGCUGCUGGUGGGAGUGAUGGUGGUGAGGGUGGUAGUGAUGGUGGGGAGGGAGGGGAUGGAGGGAUGAGGGUGGAGGUGAUAGAGAAGCUGGUGGCGCCGCCGGGGUAUAUGGACGGGUUGGAGGGGCGGGAUCCGUUGGCGGGGGUGCCGAGUGCGAUUGGGAGGGGGAAUUUGGAGAAGGAGGUGAGGUAG